CGGUGCUUACUUAUUAUAUUAGUUUGGGAUUCUACCUGUUGGUCCUGGUAUUAUGACGACUUUAUUGAAACCAAUGAGCGCAAUAUGUUCUGUCCGGAGUCUAUUGGAUAAAUGAGCUGUCUUAAUUGACGUGCUGUUUUAAAAGCCGGCUGCUGGAUGGUGACGGGUUGUGCCCUUGACAGAGAGAGGUUGUGUUUGUGAACGCCAGGAAAAGACAGAGCGCCUUUGUUUGCUAAAUUUAGUUAAGUUUUGUUUUUAGCGUUUAUUCCAGUUUGAUUGGAAAGUGAAAUGUUCUAUCCACGAAUGAGUCGAUCCGCGGAAGAGUCGUGAUCCGUUAAUGCUUGCUGUAUGUGGUGAGGAUAAAGCAGGUUUGUGUAGUUGAGAGUUUAUGGUUAAAUCGACGCUUGUAAUAUAUUGGCUCUCUGUUUUUUCCUCGCGUAGGGCUACUAUUUAUUGUUUAUGGGUUAAUUGAUUUUAUGAUGUAUCUAUUAAUAGAAUUGAAACCGGUAAUUCUAUUUUAAUUAUUGUAUUAAUUGUGCUGGUGGAUAUGUUUUGUUUGGGGGGUUAAUGGAGUGUGAGCUUUGUCUAUAGGAUUUAUCUUAUAGUUAUUCUUUAUGGCACUGUCACUUUGUAUACAGUUCAUUUGUAAAUUGUGGACCUUUUCAUUUCUCAACCAUUUUGCUUUGCUGUGUUAAUGUUUUUGUUUUUUUCUUUUUGCAAAUUGUUGAUUUAUAUUGUGUUCAUGGUGUUAUGUUAUAUGAGAUUUUCCUUUAUUUUGAUUGUUUGAUCUGUUAAAUGGUUAUUUUUAUUUUGUUUGCACUGUGUUGAUUUUAUUUGAAAAGUGUGUAAUUGAGUUGUUUGGGUUGUUCACUCUUUAUUUUGGUCCUAUAUUGUAUUGAUGUGUUAAGUGAAGUGUCGUUUUAGAAUUUGUUAUCGACAUUGUAUCCUCUCUCUCUCUCUCUCCAUUCCUUCUGUUCUUUUAAAUUGUAUUUUUUAUUAAAGACAUAAUUGAUUGAAUUAUCCUUGGUUGUACAUUUGUCCUAUCUGAGAUCGGCUGUCCAAUUGAAAAGAGCCUGGCCCUGGGUAUUACAACUUGGCGUAGCCGGCAGGAUUGGACUCUUUUUCUGUGCUGAUCUCAUUUAGGAUAGGUGUAAUAUGUCUAAUGAGGAAGCGGGGCCUAGUAUAGCUUCUGGGUCAAUGAUGAUGUUCCCGUUUAUGAUGGGGGCUUCAUGGGCCCAAAGAUUCAAAGGGGGUAAUUGUAGUGUGGGGGAUGUGAGUUUAGUAGAAUGGAAGUCUAGUCUCGAAGCUAUGUUCAGAAUCUAUGCAUUACCGGAGACUAAGCAGUUGGAUAUUGUGCUCUCUAGUUUAGAUGGGGAAGCAAAAAGGGAAAUGCAGAUUUUGCCAGAUGAAAGCAAACGUACAGUAAAACAAGUAUUUGAGAAAUUAGAAGAACUGUAUGGAGAUAAGACAACUGCCUCGACCUUACGCUCCCUGUUUUUCAGCUGCAGGCAGAAAUCAACAGAAAAUAUUAGGGAAUUCUCAUUACGUUUGCAAGAAUUAUUCUCCAGAAUGAAGAAACGGGACUCCAGAGGGAUUGAUAUCCGAAGAGAAGCAGUGUUGCGUGUUGAGGCAUUUGAGGGAGAAGAAUCUACCGUAUUGCAGUGUCAAAGCUCAGUUCAGCAAAAGUCUCAGACUGUGGCGGAAGAAAUGCAAUUGUUGAGAAGAGAAUUGCGUGCUGAACUGCAGAGUGACAUACAAGGUAAAAUGAAUGAACUGACCCAGAGUCUGUUAGGAGAAUUGCGUGCGGAAUUGCAGAGCUGGAGAUCGACAUCUAUCCCUACAGAAUCAAGAGCAGAUGGAGUGAGGCCCUCUCAUAAUAGGAUAGAAAGUCAGUAUUCCACUAACCGUCGACAGUUUAAUAGUUAUGAUCCCCAAGGAAGGCCAAUCUGUAGACGUUGUCAUCUGCCAGGACAUAUAGAACGCUAUUGUGGGAGGCCAGUAAGUUCAUCGACUGAGCCUUUAAACUAGCCCGUCCCACCUUGUUGGACCGAACGGUGGGCCAUACUAGUCAAGGUCCAGAAAUACCAUUGAUGGAGGGAGUGAUUGGGGAUAGCCCUAUGGUGGAAGUUUUAAUGGAAGGAAUUACAGUACCAUGUCUGCUGGACACAGGUUCUCAAGUUACCAUGUUACGACAGAGUUUUUUUGAACAACACUUUGGGAAGCAUGGAAAAUAUCUGCAAGACCCUACCGCUUGGCUCUCUUUACGUGCUGCUAAUGGGUUAGCAAUUCCCUAUGAAGGUUGGGCUGUGAUGGAUAUUGAGAUUGGAAGUGCAAGAAUUCCUCAACGAGGCAUUUUGGUGGUACAAGAUCAUUGUUUGCCAUCUACAUCUGCCUUGUUAGGUAUGAAUAUUAUUCAGGAGUGUUGGGAGGAAUUGUUCCAAAA